AUGCAGCCACCAGAAGAAAAGAAAAAGACUCCUUAUCAACAACUUAUGAUAAAAAUAGCCUCUAUUAUUAUUAUUAUUAACAUUUUUAUUAAUACAGGACCAACUACAGUAUUCUUCUGGGCACCUACAUUUAAAUGGGGUUUGGUAAUAGCGGGAAUUGGAGAUCUUAGACGACCACCAGAAACAAUUUCUCUUAGUCAAACUGCAAGUCUUAUGAUUACUGGUGCUAUAUGGUCUAGAUAUUCCCUAGUUAUCACACCAAAAAAUUACAAUUUGUUUAGUGUAAAUGCAUUUGUGUGCUGCACAGGGACGUACAGUUUUUUGAGAGGAUUGCUUUAUCAUAUGCAAAAGGAUAAAGAAUAAGGAUUUUAAGAAUUUAUUAUUAUUAUAUCAUUAU